AUGCUCUCGGCAACAUGCCGUAGGAGCAGUCAUCUGCAAGGCUUGUGCAACACGAACUUCGGUUUGAGGAAAACAUUGAACAAAACACAAAAGACAAUCGCUUUAAUAGCUGAUAUGAUCUACUCACGUGUAGCUGCGGGACCCCUCGCAGUUUUGGGAGUGUUUGUAUGGCUCAUAGCUACGGUAACCGCACUGGCGUCGAAAGACGAUUACAGCGUGUCGUCGGACCUCCUUCCAGGGCUAGCGAGCGUGGAGCGACGCGAACUGAUACCCGAAAUGCACGCUGGCCAAGUACCUCUCGAUGACAACGACGACGAACACACGAAACGGCUGUUUUUCUGGCGUUUCCAUGACGCUUCGGGCCGUGCCAGCACGCAGGCCAACAACACACUAAUGUUUUGGCUCAAUGGCGGGCCUGGUUGCUCGUCGAUGGAUGGAGCGUUGAUGGAGAGCGGACCUCUUCGUGUUGACAAAUCCGGUAAACUGUAUUUGAACGCCGGUGGGUGGCACACACGCAGCGACAUCGUGUUCGUGGAUCAGCCGGCAGGCACUGGCUUCUCGACUGUGGGCAGCGAUAAAGACUACGAUGACGAUUUGGAGCUCGUGGCAGACCACUUUUUGGAGUUUUUGCGCCGCUACUUUGACAUUUUUCCCGAUGACCGUGCCAAGAAUGUCGUGAUUGCAGGUGAGAGCUACGCGGGCCAGUAUAUCCCAAUUUUUGCUACCUCUGUUUUGAACUACAACCGGGAUGCGCAAAACCCGAUCCGUCUAAGCGGUCUGCUAAUCGGUAAUGGGUGGAUUGACCCUGACUCUCAAUCGCUUUCGUACGUGCCCUUCGCCCUUGAAAAAGGCAUUAUCAGCGAAACCAGCCCUCAACUAUCAUCGCUGCUGCGCCACCACGAAGAAUGCCAGAACCGUCUCAGCAGUGGCCCAAGUGAAGGGUUUUCCUAUCCUGAGUGUGAAGAUAUCCUCACCUACCUUUUGGAGGCCACUAGAAACGUCACCGAUUCCGACGGAAACGCUGUACCCCCUGAGCAGCAGUGUUUGAACAUUUAUGAUUACAGAUUGAGAGACACAUAUCCAUCAUGUGGUAUGAAUUGGCCGCAAGAUUUGCCAAACGUUUCGAAAUUUUUUGGAACUGACGGUGUCCUUGAGGCUCUUCAUUUAGAUCCCGAGCGUGUUCCACGUUGGAGAGAAUGUGAUUCACAGGUAUCUCGGCACUUGAAUAAUCCGCAUUCCAAACCAUCUGUUCAUUUAUUGCCCUCAUUGCUUGAGUCGGGACUGCAAAUAAUUCUGUUUAAUGGUGAUCAGGACAUUAUCUGUAACAAUAUGGGAGUUGAGAAAUUAAUUGAUGACCUUUCAUGGGGAGGACAAAAGGGAUUUAGCGAUGCCAUGCAGUAUUACAACUGGGUUUACAACGAUACGUCGCUUAAUCAAAACACUCCAGCCGGGUUUGUGAAAUACGAUAGAAAUUUGACAUUUAUUAGCGUUUACAAUGCUUCUCACAUGGUUCCAUUCGAUAAUGCACUUGUCAGCCGGGGAAUCGUUGAUAUAUUCCUAAAUGACGUUAUACUAGUCGAGAGUGGUGACGGAGACACAUUGGUGAGUAAAGAUAUCUUCUCAGAGGGCGAGGACGAUGAAUCAACAAGCCUAAGCACAACCUGCACUGAUGAGAAUGGGAAUAUCAUUCCUUGCACAGAGAAAGAAAGUGAAGACGCCAAGGAGAUUAAUAAUAGUGAUGAAGGCAAAGAACAAGAUAAGGAAGAGAAGGAAGACGAUGAGGAAGACGAGAAUGAGGACGAGGAUGAGGACGAUGAAGAUGAAGAAGACGAAGAUAAAGAUGAAGAUGAAGACGAAGAUGAAGAUGAAGAUGAAGAUGAAGAUGAAGAUGAAGAUGAAGAUGAAGAUGACAAGCAUGGGCACAAAAGUGGCAAAGAAUCUGACAGAAAUGAACGAGCCAAGCGUAAAUUUACUUUGGUGGUGGUCUAUCUUCUCAUCUUCUGCAUCGUCGGACUCUUGGCGUAUAUUGGCAUUCGUGAAUAUUUCAGGCCAAGAAUCCGCGCAAUCCUUGUUGAUCCGAAUAACAGACCUGAUUCUAGCAGGAAAACAGUUUCAUGGGCUGAUGACUUGGAACAGGGCGGAGCUGAUUUGGAUGACUUUGGUCUCAAUGCUAAAAAGAAAGGCGCUUAUACAAGCGUUCCAAAUGAGGACACCAGCGGUGACUCAUUUGAGCUAGAAGAUUAUUGA